GGAGAAGAACCAAGCGAAGUCAACAAGUUGCCUAAGGUGGAAGCAAACAUCGAUGAAGGUAAGACUACGGAAUCAUCGUUAACGGCGCAACCUGAGGAAAACACGGUGAUUCCAUCAGCAGUUGUUGUUAGUCUGUCUCCUGAGACCUCAUCUUCGUCUUCAUCUCUUAACACAGAAGCUGGUGCGAACACGUCUUCUGCUCCUUCAACAACUGCAACACCAGCUAGUGAAGAACGACAUUCAACAACAGAAAAGAUCGAGGAGACAACGGAGGAAGGCAGUGGAGAAGCAGCAAUAGAGGGCGGUAUAGUGCCUAAGUUGGAGGCAAAUGCUGAUGAAAAGAGCAGUACUGAGCCUGCCUUUGUUACGUCCGGUCGAGAUAUGGAGCGUCCCACAACGAGCAACCCAGCCGAUUCUUUAGACCAUUUUUCUUCUUCCCGACCACUCGACUCUUCCUCUGUCAAUAAAACCACUAGUUCCGCUCCAGGAAACGAGCGCGAAGAAUUCUUGAUCAAUCGCACUCUUAUCGACCGCGAUCGCCCUCACAAUAUCAAUCUGCCCGUCAAUGUCGGCUUUGUCCCUGGCUCCGAACCAGAUUCAAUGCGGGAAAGUGAAGAGGAGGAAGGCUCUGAAAAAACGGAUAUACAAAAGGAACCAGACUAUGAAGACACUACAACAACGAAAAAUAUCAGGCCAACUAAUGCGACAACGACAGUUGCUGGUACGUACAUCAUAGUUUUCAUGCCAUGUUGAAU